CAAAAAUGAACGUAACAACCACUCUAUUGACAGGACAUGUAAAAUAAUCCUCCUCUGCUGGAGAUGUCGAAUUCCCUUCUUCUCAUCAGUGUUGCCCUUUUGGGCUCUCGGACACUCAAAUGGCCGAUUCUUCUAUUUCCAUCCUCACUAUCUUCUCCUACAUCCUCUUCUUCAUCUUCAGGCUCAGAAGCUGCAAGGCUAGAAGUUUCGAGAUGUGCUUUGCCACCUGCAGUGAUGUGGGCCCUAUGGUCCGAUUCCUCUUCUCAUUGGUGAACAGCUUCGCUGGCAGUGAUUGCAGCCUCUUCGGGUUUGGACUUCAGUGCAAAAGAUUGGACUGGUCUGCCUCAACCGAGAUGGCACUGAUCCUGGACCUCCCCUACUACAGUCCGCAGCAUCAACUACACUGACCAGACUAUCUCCAUCAAUGACCGUGGCAACUGCCUCCCCAGACGCUUCCUCAGGAGCUUCAAUCUUUCGGGAUCGCCUAUUCAGCCAAUCAUGGAUCUGAGAUACACCUUCUUCAACUGCCCUACUGCCCUGCCAAUACCAAGGAACGUGCCAAUCGCAUGCUUGAGUAGCAGACACGACACCAUUCUGGCAACAUCACUGGACAACUACAUGACGGAGAAAAACACUUCUCAUUGCCGGAGCAUUUCAACUGUGCUCAUGCCAUACCAGGGGCCUUCCCUCGGCUACGGGUUUGCUACAAACCUCAAUCAGGACGUUCUCCUGACAUGGACAUGCCUCUGUGCCGUGACUGUGAAGGGAAGGGAGGGACUUGUGGCUUCAAGAGGAGUGGGCCAGAUCGCCUGGUCGGAUGCUUUAAUCUUCCUUCUACAUCUGACGGUAAGGUCUCACAUCCUUUUCUCAGCGUUUUUUAUUGCCAUCCGAUUGGCGCACGCGUUUUGAAUUGUGCCGGCUUCUGCAUUGCCUGUUGCACUCGACUUGUUAACAUUUUCUGUGAUAUUUGACAAAAGAAGAAUAAUUUCUUAAUC